AUGGCGACCGGUAGCAUCCCGCUCGAGGCCUUUGGUCCUCCUCCGGAAUAUGAAGGCAGACUCAAGAGAAACGUGGCGGGGCCAGUUCAUAACCAUUACUACACUCAGCCUGCGGAGGUACCGUGGUAUCGUCGAAAACGAUUCUGCUACCCGGCGGUAGGACUCUUGGUGUUCACGGUAAUCACUUGUGCCGUCGUUCUCGGAGUGGUGCUCAAGUUGGAAUCUGCCAGGAAAUCUGACACGACGGCAAGUGACGACAUCUCGUCGACAACAGCCCUCGGUAGUCAAACAGAGCCGAAUUCUCUUGGCGCGUCGUCAACUACCCGUCGUACCUCGACACUUACAGUGUCAGUGACCCCUGUCUCAUCAACAUAUACUCCCCCGUCGACUACGACAGAGGUUCAAGAGACGGCUACGCCAUUCAUCAUGUCGGACAAGUCCCAGCUGGCAUCGCUGCUCGUCAGGAAAGGAGACUCCGGCCAGGAGCGCAGACUGCUGGUCCUACAAGAAGACACUGGCCAUCUUGCCGUUACCGAAUGGGCCAACAGGACAGUCACCCGCUUCCGAAUCAGCGAGAAGCUGGACUCGUCGGCUCCGGAACCCAAGCCAGGAACCCCCCUUGCCAUGGAAGCCGAUCAAACGGGGUCGGUGCACCUAUUCUACCUGAGCCAGACCAAUCUGAUUUCACACGUCUCUGAGGCGGCAGCCGGAAGAUGGAAAGCAGGCGAGGUGACCGACGAGCGCGGCGGCAUCCGAACAUCCUCAUCGUCAGGUCUAUCCGCGGCAUGGCACGGGGGGCGGAGAACGCCAGACCUGCUCGUCCUGGCGUACGACGAUGCCUCGCAGGAGUUGCGGCUCGCCAUGGCAGACAACCCCGUCGGCCGAAACGCCUGGUACGUAGCCAACGUCACCUCCGUCCUGGCGGAAUCGGUGCCCGGCCAGUCGAAUAUGCCCUGCUACUCACUCGCAGGCGACUGGCGCGACAAGAGAUUCAAGUCUGACGACGACGAUCAAGGGCGUCCAACUCUUCUGAUUGGGGUCGUUGAUAAGAACGAGGUGGUUGCUUGGGACUGCGCAAUUGACUUUUGGCCGCCGCCAGACGUCCAGGUCCAGUGUGAAAAGGCCGAGGGCGCAUUCGCGGAUGCCAAGGGCGACGGACUUGGCCUGAGCUCAGUGCCCAAGCAGCUUCUUUGGCUACAACCUCAUGAGCAGGACGGAUACGACUUCACGCUUCUAUCUACCGACGGCUCGAACCUCGUUCGCGAAAAUUUGGUCGGGGCAAGCGCAGUACGGAAUACAAGUCUGGGCUUUGUAGCAAAAUCUCCCAUCGCAGCCAUGUCAGCUACGUCGGAGGGGCUGGUGUUUUUAUCCCUGGGAAAGGAGCUCCAGCUGUAUCAAAAAUCUGGCCGCGGGUGGGAGAGUUCCGGGUUGGCUGGGCUGCGCGACGGUCUGCAGGCGUGA